AUGUUGACUAUCAAAUCGCUAUCUGCCUCGUUAGUAGGCCUUUUGAGCCUUACCAGCAAUGUUGAUGCUGCGAGCUCAGGUCUUGUCGCUUCGACUUACUUCGCUGGCUUCCACGCCAACCGAGGCUUCCCCGUCUCAUCCAUGCCAUGGGAUAAAUUCACCGACGCAAAAUACGCCUUCGCCGAAACCGCCUCCGACGGCAGUCUCGACAUCUCCAAGUCCCAACCCCAAGAACUUCCCUGCUUUGUCAACGCUGCCAAGGCAAACAACGUCAAAGCUCUUGUAUCUAUCGGCGGAUGGACCGGAAGCAAGUACUUCUCCAGUAACUUCGCCAACGAAAAGAACCGCACUGCGUUCGUGAAGACUUGUGUCGACUUUGUCAAGAAGCAUGAGCUUGAUGGGUUGGACUUCGAUUGGGAGUAUCCUAAUAAGCAGGGUCUUGGAUGUAAUGUCAUCAACAAGGAUGAUACGACCAACUUUUUGGAGUUUUUGCAGGAGUUGAGGAAGGAUCCUGUUGGCAAGGAGAUGUUUCUCACUGCUGCUGGAUCUCUGUUUCCUUGGAAUGAUAAAAAUGGUACUGCGUCGAAGGAUCUGGGUGGCUUUGCUGAUGUUUUGGAUUACAUCAUGAUCAUGAACUACGAUCUUUAUGGUGCUUGGGCUCCUGUCGCUGGGCCUAACGCUGCCCUCUCUCGCUCUUGCGACGAGCGCAACACCAUGGGUGCAGGCGACGAAGCCGUCGCCAAGUGGACAGGCGCUGGCAUUCCCGCUUCUCAAAUUGUUCUCGGUCUCCCUAACUACGCCCACGGCUUCAGAGUCAACGCCACAUCAGCCUUCAACAAGCAAAAGAAGCUCAACCUCUACCCCGCCCAGAACUCCACCGAUCGCUUCCAAGGAAGCAGCUGGGACAACGAUCCUCGCAUCGACGACUGUGGUAACCCUUCUCCUCCUAGUGGAACUUACCCCUUCUGGAGCAUGAUUAAAGAGGCCAAGUUCCUCGAUACCAAGGGUAACCCUGCGCCCGGUAUUGCUUAUACUUGGGAUAAGUGCAGUAAGACGCCUUUCCUUUAUGAUGCUAAGAAGGAGAUUUAUGUCAGUUAUGAUAAUGCGAGAUCUUUUGCUGAGAAGGGCAAGUUUGUUGUUCAGCAUAAGCUUGGUGGUUUUGCCACUUAUGAGGCUGGUGGUGACUACAACAAUAUUCUGAUUGACGCUGUUCGAUCUGCUGUUGGUCUGUAA